AUGGCUCAUGGAGACGGUGCUGGUGAGAUUCCCGCAUCGCACCAGAUGCUGGAAAGCUUGCCGGUCCCUCUCGUCCAGAGGGAACCAGAAGAACGAAGACUCUCAACCUUUGAACAAGUGAUAACGACCAACGCACCCAUACUCGAGUCUCUCCUACUCCAGAUCCCGACCGACUCAAUAAUAAAGCUCUACCACUCUUCAAGUUACCUACGCACGUUCCUUCGAUCAUAUCCGACCGCAUGGAUGUCACUCUCGUUCCGUCUACCCUUGCCUUCGGGCACUCUUCCAAACCCUUCAAAUCCCGGUUCAAACCUCCCUGAGUCUGUUCCCGCACGUCAAUCUCGACCGUAUGCCCUGGAUAUGUUCUUGAUGAACGUGGUGGUCCCGUUCAGUGCGUGCCUGAAGAGCAUAGAGCUGGACAACACGGCUAUUUCGGGGGAGAACCUGAUUUCGACCGUGCUGCAUGCCCGCCGGGAGACGCUCGUGCAUCUCUCUAUUCGGGGCUGCAAGAAUGUUUCUCUAAAAUAUCAUAUCGUUCCAUUUCUGACCAUGUUUGCACUGCAAUGUGACAUUGACGUGGGAAGCAACAGCAGCUCUCCUGGGAUGAAACGACUCGCUUUGAAGAGUCUCUACGCCUACCGAUGUCGCCACCAUCGAAGACGCCCAUAUCUGUCAUCUUCAUUGCUGCGGAAAGAUGCUGACGCAGAGUCGACUCACGAACUUGUCAACGUCUGCCACAAGCUGGGGAUUUGGACUGACACCGCUUGGUGCACCACCCCGGCCGGUAGAUGCGCUCGCAGGGCCGCCUACGUCAAGUCGAGAUUCCCACAGGGAGUAGCAGCGCCGGAGGUCUGGGUCGUCUUUGAUAGACUGUGGAGAUCUAGGAACUGGAUCGGCCCAAUCGACUCCACGACCAAUUCAACGGGCAUAUGUGACGCUAAGCUGUGGGAAACCCGUGAGACUGGAUGUUACGGGGAGGCGUUAGGAACCGGCGACAGCAACGACUGGGGAGAAGGCAAAAUGACACCCGCCCAUCUCCGUCGGAGUCAUACCCAUUUUGUUGACGGAAUUCGCUGUGAUAACUGUCUAGACGACAUAACGGAGCGAUGUGAACAUUGCAGCGUCUUGAUGCAUUGUGUCGGGUGCCGCAAGACACUUUGCGCAAGCUGUGCCCAUGAACGCCCGUACCUUCACAAAUGCGCAUCAUCGUCUUUUUCUUCUGGGAACAACCAGCCCGCGCCAGAUUCCUUCUGGUGGGCGCCUGGGGCGACGCACUCUCCGGGUUCGAUGCAGGAUCCCGUGGCAUUCCCGGUGGGUACCACUCCACCCCAGGGCACCGGGGGAAUGGAUCCACCCCCUAUACUCAAUUUCCACUGGUGCUGCACCAAGCCCGAUUUUUCUGGUGGAGGCGGCAUCAGCAUUGGGUCUCAAAAUCGAGAGGUGGACCAGGUUCGAGCUGUGCCUUUGCCUCGUGGGCAAGGUUGGGAGAACCUGGAGUAUACCGUCAGUGGAUGGAGCAAGACAUUCCCCACGUACGCAUAUGGUGAUCCAAGCAAGCCAGACUACUCGCUCGAGACGGGUCAUCUGGCAAUGAUGAAAUGGCUGCUAGGACCGCCUAAUCGACAAGUCUCACCAUGCCCGCGCAAUCUGUGCCAAGGAUGUUACGAUUCCCCACAAUGGAAGGUGCACUGCAGGAGCUGCUCGAAGUCCCUCUGUAUUGAGCAUGACCUUCGUGGGCUUCGCUUACGGAUAUGCGGCUACCGAGACCUCGAGUCAGAAAAGCAGAAUAUUCAGCACCGACUCGCAUUGCACCUGGCUGAGUCACUCGCCUCCGGUCAAGGUCCCCCACACGACCUACCAUUCAGAAGCCAACAGCCUCUUGACCCGAUGAAUAUGAGUAUCAUUGAUGACUCGCGGCAAGACAUCCUAGUCGAGAGAAAUAUUGUCUCUUUCCUCAACCACCCAAGUCGCUCCUUUGUGGCCCCAACACCCGACCCUUCCUGUCCUCCGUCAUCCUCAUCCUCUACGUUCUUUGAUUCACCAACCCUCGAACCCCUAAAGUGGCAAGGGUGUCAAUCCUUCUUCUGUCCCCCAGAAUCCGAUCCUUUCACCGGAAUAAGCGAUCCUAGAAUCAGUAUCAGAGACCCACGUCCCCGGUGCCCCAGCAAUCUCCUAGAAUGCAAUGGCUGCAAGGUGUAUGUUUGCGUCGAAUGCAUCGAUGCGCAUCCGCCCUGUAAAUGCUCGUAUUGCUCCGAGCACUACAUGUGCCCCAAUUGCGUGGCAGACAAACGUGACACCAUGUGCCAUCGUCGUCAGGAAGAGGCGCUGCGUGACCGCCAAUGGAGAGAACAAUUGCAGGCGAUCGAAGCCAGUCUGUUGCUCAAAUUGGCUGAUGAAGCGGCUGAGUAUGUAGGCGAGUUCUUUGACCGCAUUGAACCGCGCAGUCCUCCGCCCUCGCGGUCUAUGGUCCCCGUCGAUCCCGGAUUGGCUGACCAGAUUGCCGACCCUUUCAGAGAAGACCAUGCAGCAGCGGAAGCAUCCUUCUCGCACCUUGAGCCUGAUGACAUGGAGUGGUUGACUGAGGACUCCCAGUAG